GUGACUACCCUAGUUAACCACGUGGUAUCAAUCAUGGCUGAAGGAGGCGCUAGUGCUAGUGAUGGUAGCGAUUUGACCCCACAGCUCCUAACUGGGGACCCUGGUGAGGCUGGCAAGGUGUGUGGAGAUGGUGGGAGUGGCGUGGGUGGCGGGGGCGGUGUGGUGGGAAAACCAGAUGCUGCCAAACAUGAACCCACUCCAGCGAAAUCAUCUAAAAAGGGUAAGAAGAAGCGUAAAGGUGCAAAGGACGUUGCUACGGGAGGGGGCGUGGCAACACCACAGACUAGUGAUCAGCUGAUAUCAUCUCGUAAUCUUCAAGAGCUCAUCGGAAAACUAACAGUCGAAGAAAAAGAUAAAUCACACGAUUUCUGGGACACACAACCUGUUCCAAAGUUAGAUGACAAGGUGACAGAGAUGGGACCGCUGGAGGAUGACAGAGCGGAUAUUCGUACAGAGCCACUGAAACUACCAGACAAGUUUGUAUGGAGUGAUAUUGACCUUGAGGACAAUGACCAGGUGGCGGAGUUGUACACACUCUUGUCUGAGAACUAUGUGGAAGAUGAUGACAAUCUGUUUCGGUUUGACUACAGUCGUGAGUUCCUUCGUUGGGCGCUCCUCCCCCCCGGCUGGAAGGGGGCGUGGCACUGCGGGGUACGAGUGAGCACCUCUAAGAAACUAGUCGGCUUCAUCAGUGCAGUACCAGCACUUAUCAGGAUUCACAGCCACCAACAGAAUAUGGUAGAAAUCAACUUCCUAUGUGUUCACAAGAAGCUUCGCUCUAAAAGAGUGGCCCCUGUCCUAAUUAAAGAGAUCACCAGACGUGUGAAUAUGGUGGGCACAUUCCAGGCAGUGUACACGGCUGGCGUCCUCAUUCCUAAGCCUAUAGCAGUAUGUCGAUACUGGCAUCGCUCACUCAACCCAAAGAAACUUGUCGAUGUUCAGUUCUCUUCACUCCAUCGUCACAUGACCUUGCAGAGAAUGAUACGACUCUUCAGACUACCAGACGAAACUAAGACACCAGGUCUAAGACCUUAUCAGAGGAGGGACGCUGCAGCUGUUCUGAGACUACUGAAUGAACAACUGGGGCGGUUUGACGUGUGUCCAGUGUUUGCCAGUGAGGCCGAGGUGGAUCAUUGGUUCACUCCCAGAGAGAGAAUCAUCGACACUUACGUUGUGGAAAGUCCGUCCACUGGUGAGGUGACUGACAUGAUUAGUUUCUACUACCUCCCCUCGUCCAUAGUACGCCACCCCACACACAAGACACUCUACGUUGCCUACCUCUUCUAUUAUGCCCACACAACCACACCCCUCAAGGAUCUCAUCUACGAUAUGCUAGUCAUCGCCAAGAAGGGUGGUUGUGAUGUAUUCAACAGCCUGGACAUAAUGGAGAACAGCAGUGUUCUGGAGGAGCUCAAGUUUGGGGAGGGAGAUGGAAACCUCCAUUACUACUUCUAUAACUUCAAGUGCCCAGAGAUAUCCCCUGACAGAGUCGGGCUAGUGUUGCAGUGAGAGAAAGAGAGAGAAUUAAGUGACUUAUUUAAAUUUUUAGGAGUUUUAUUGUAUUAAGAUUUUUUGUAAAGUGUGUGUAUGUGUGUGGUACUUCUGUUAAAGUUCUGUGUAAAAUUGAA